AUGGCAGUCACUGAAACCUACCGUCCAGCCUUUACAGAUCCGCCAGCAAGUAUUCUCGCUGGAAUCCCCGCUCGCGAUCUCCAACUCCCUUCUCCAGACGUGACAUAUGGACUCCCAUUCCCAGAUGCCUGCGCAAAGCAUGUUCGAGAUACCUUCAGGCGCUCGAGAGUCUACAUUAUCGUUUCCGGGACUCUGUCUCGAGAAACAGACGAGCUUGACAGACUCGUUGCGGCCAUUGAUCCUGAGCGUGUCGUGAGUGUCCGCAAGGGCGUCAUGCCUCAUACGCCUUGGUCGAAUAUCUUGGAAAUUGCCGCGGAUGCUCGUAAAGUAAAUGCGGAUUGCAUUGUUACGCUUGGUGCUGGCAGCAUCACCGAUUGCGCGAAGAUUGUUGUUCUGGCACUCGCUAAUAAUAUCGAGACGGCUGAACGCCUGGCUAAAUACUCUGUCGAGAGCACUGAUGUGCCAGACAAGGUUGAAGUACCCACUAUACCACUGAUUACUAUUCCCACGACCCUGUCUGGUGGCGAGUACUUCAGCUUAGGCGGCGGCACCGAUGACCGAACACACCACAAGCAAGGCUUCCUCCACUCCGGCAUGGGCUCCAAGCUCGUCAUCCUUGACGCAAAUCUCAGCAAGCACACUCCAGACUACCACUGGCUGAGCACCGGCAUGCGCAGUGUGGACCACUGUGUCGAAGCCCUCUGCUCGCUUAACAGCACGCCCGAGUCCGACGUGCGCGCCGAAGCCGGUCUCCGGAAACUAGUUCCCAACUUGCUCAAGACCAAAAACGAUUCAUCCGACGUGGAAGCUAGACACCAGUGCCAGAUGGGGGUUAUCUUUGCUAUGAAUAAUGUUCGCUCUGGUAUCCCGAUGGGAGGUAGUCAUGCUAUCGGGCAUCAGCUGGGCCCAUUGGGUGUUCCGCAUGGAGUGACGAGCUGUAUCUUAUGUCCGACGGUGAUGAAAUUCAAUGCGAGAUAUGGACAUGAUAAUGAGCGCAUUCUCCAGAAGCAGGAGAAGUUGCGUGAGAUUCUUUGGUCUGAAGAAAUACCGGCUGCAACCUUUACGAAGGCCGGGUUGAAGAAGGAUUCGGCCGAUCUGGGCGAUUUACUAGAUAUUAUUAUCCGUGCCUUGGGACUUCCGAGAACAUUGACAGAGAUGGAGAUUAAGGCGGAUAUUCUACCUGCUUUGUCGGAGCGUGCUUUGGAUGACUUUUGGGCGGCGACUAACCCGAUUCCAUUGACCAAGUCGGAGCAUGUACUGGAGAUUUUGAGGACGGCACUAUAA